CCAGUGCGAAGUGCAGUGGGAGCCCACUGGGAGAAGCGCGUUCACGCAUGCAGCGGCGCGCCUCGGAGCGGACGGCGCGUCACGGGGGGGCUGGUCGGUGACACGGGCUGGCACCGGGAGUUAAUGAAUCCGAGAGUAAGUAGCGGAAUGUACCGGUCUGUGAUCUUCGACGCUGCCGGCUAGCACCUUGCUCACCGCUGCCAUGGUACGUCUUACAGACGGAGCAGUAGUGACACCUCGGCGCUUUAGAGCAAACGAUUCUUUGGAUGGUUCUUCUUAUUAGCGGACUCUAGUCAUCCGGACCCGGGAGGGGACCACAGGACGGACGGACAUGGAGAAGGGGGUCCGAGGGAAGCCGGGAGCGCGUCGGGAGAAGAGCUCUAAGAACGGGAAGCUGUUCCGGAGGAGGUCGUUCCGGUUCGUCGGGGGCUUCAUGAACAAGAUCAUGAGAACUUUGGGAACUUUAUCGCACUUUGGAGGAGACAUGGACGACGGGAGGCGGGAGACGGAGGAUGAUGACGGGGGGUUCCGGGACGGGACCCCCUGCACCCUCCUGGCCAACUCCGGGAAGAUGUUGAGGGAGGAGGACCCAGCGGGGGGGCCGGGGGACCAGCUCCUCAAGAAGACCGGCACCACCACCACGACCGCCACCUCGGGGUCCCACCGGUCCUCGGGGCGGGAGAAGCUGUUCUGGUACUACGGGGACCAGACACCCGGGGUCCUGGGGCUGAAGAACCACGGGAACACCUGCUUCAUGAACGCCGUCGUCCAGUGCCUGAGCAACACCGACCUGCUGGCCGAGUACCUGGGCCUGGAGCGGUACAAGACGGACCUGGUUCCUGGGGGGCUGGGGGAAGGGCCGGGGGGUCAGGAGGGGACCAGGACCGGGGAGGUGACUGAGCACCUGGCGCUGCUGGUCCGCGCGCUCUGGACCCUCGACUACACCCCGCAGCUGUCCGUGGGCUUCAAGUCCACCGUGUCCAAGCACGGCUCCCAGUUCCGGGGGAACUCUCAGCACGACGCCCUGGAGUUCCUGCUCUGGCUGCUGGACCGCGUGCAUGAGGAUGUCCACCUGCCACCCUACAGCAACAACAACAACAGCCUCCAGGCCCCGCCCACGGGCCCUGGUGGACCUGAGGCCGACCCACCUGCCGACCCGACCCAGCCACAGUGUGUCCCGCCCGGGGAGAGCCACAGCUUCGUCCAGGACCACUUCCAGGCCCAGUACAAGUCAGUCUCACACACACGUCCGAAAUACACUGGGUGUGGAACACGCGCUGAUGGGAAAAUAUCCAUCUGGAGGAGGUUUCACUCGGCCGUUAAACUACAAAGCUGAGCCCUCAAUGUUCCACGUGAUGUUCUCCACUCGGAGGACGAUCACUCCUGUAAUGCGGAGUUGUGACAAAGCAGUGUGGUGAUUGGACUGACAAGGAGGGACAUGAUUAGUGGUGGAGACGUAUCUGCACAGCAGGAGGCCUAGUGGAGGGCUGCUCUGGCAGUCCACCGGUCGCUGUAUUUACCUCUCCACCGCUCCGGAGAAGACUGGCCCAAAAUAGAUUCUGUGUGUGUGUAUGUGUGAGUGACUCUCUCUGUUUGUGUGUGUGUGUGUGUGUGUGUGUGUGUGUGUGUGUGUGUGUGUGUGUGUGUGUGUGUGUGUGUGUGUGUGUGUGUGUGUGUGUGUCUCUCUCUCUCUCUCUCUGUUUGUGUG